AAAUUCAUCCUUAGAACUCGUCAGAGGGCGUUUUAAUUCGUUCUGUCAGUCAAGUUAGUCGUGAAAUAAAAUGAUCAUUCGUGAUGAAAGACGAAUAAUAUUUCUGGAUUAAAAUUUUCAUCAGAAAAGAUUACCAUGGAGAUUGUUAAUGAUAAAUUCAGCAUUAAAAAUAUUCUGUUUACUAAGGCUCUGCCAAAUUAUAUUAUACCAACACCGGUGAAUGGCCACAAAGUAUUUACAUGUACUGAUUGUGGGGACAAAUUUGUGUUCGAGUCCAGUUUCAAAGACCACAUCAGUCGCAAAUCUAUGCAAAUUUCAUAUAUGUGUCGGUAUUGUAAUCAGUUUCGAAUAUUCUAUAACAGAUGCAAUCUAUUGUUUCAUAUAAGGUCACAUGUGUUUAAAACUGCUACAAUCAACGUAACCGACUUAAAAGUCGAACCGCUGCCUCUAAGUUUUUUCAACAAAUAUAAUGAUAUCAUAAACCGAACUCCAGCCACGAGUUUGAAAUCCCCUCCACCUGUAGCGACAUUGGCAACUAAUUUGAGAGAAAAAAUCACUGAAAUCCAAACAACACUAUCUCCGACAAGGCCGUAUUGCUUCGAAUGUAAAAGUAAUUUAACUCAAACUGGUAUUGGAUACAAAGACCGCGCUACUCAUUUUAUGCAAUAUACCAAUGAGGUUUAUUCAUGUCCUGUAUGUUUAUUCGCUUUGCCAAGCAUUUGUGCCCUAAAGACACACUUGCGCCUGCAUUUAAGAUGUCCACCCUUUUUCUGCCCAGAGUGUGGAAUCGAAAUGACUGCCAAAAACAUUAAUUAUCCAUACCAUCACGAUUGUGAAGGUUUUAAAAUGAUGAGGGCAACAGCUAGAAUAAGUUGUGCUGCGGGCAAAUGUCGCAACUAUCAUCCGAAUGAUUUAAAAGAUCACAUGAUUGAGUUUCAUAUGAAAAAAGUGUAUAAAUGUCCGUUAUGCGUCGUCGCAUGUUUCAGUGAUAAAACAAUGCAAAGACAUUUAAGAACGCAUAAGUCAACAGCUGCAACGAAAGCGCUUGUAUUUUACCAAUGUGAAUUAUGCCCUGGAAAAUUUGUUAUGCAAAAUCACACUGAUGUGCUUUUGAAAAACCAUUUAACCCACAGUCAAUAUCCUUGUUGGCCUUGUGGAAGUAAUUUCAAAGAUGUGGCUGGCUUACUGUAUCACUUCAAAAGGAAGCAUAAUAAACACGAUUUAAUAAGAAAUGCAUUAACCAAUGUACUGUCUGAAUAUGAAAUGUUUUCAUCCAAACCAAGGAAAAUUUAUCGCGUAGUGAAAAGGUGUGACCAAUGUCAGAGAGACUUUACGUAUAAAUGUAAAUACGAAGGAAUACAUAAUUUGCCUAACGAAUGCCCAUUUCAAUGUUCAUCCAACAUGGAAUUACACCGAUUAGACGUUAGAGUAGAUAAAGCGAAUAGCAGUACUAAGAUCACAUGUCACCUGUGUAAGAUGAUAAUCUCCCAAGAUUGGUCAGAGGUAAAAAAACAUUAUGCAGUGAUGCAUAAAGAACAUAAAUGCUUGGACCCAAAAAUAGUUCUAAAAAGGGUGAAUCUGGAAAAAUACGACUCUAACAAGAUUGUAUCCAAACCUAACAUGAAAAUAAUUAGUAAAAAAAUAUGUAAGAAGAGUAAAAAGAUGAAAAGAAUUAAACCUAACCAAUCGUUUGUUGACCUAGUUGAUGUUUCUCUUGACAGUAAUACGCAAGUCCUGAAUACGGAAUAUGUAUGUAACAUAUGUGAAGAUAGUUUUGAAAAUAAAAUAGCUCUAGAAAAACAUAUGUCAUUUCAUAAGGAUCCUUGCAUGGCUUAUCAAUGCAUGGAGUGCGGCCAGAGUUUUGUUGUGAAACCAUCAUUUUCUAAACAUUUGUUAUUAGAACAUGGAAUAAAAGAUACUGAAAAUUAUAUCACUACAAAACAAUGCUACAAUGAAAACGCUCUCAUGAAAUAUCAAUCGGACAUAGUGACAUCGAUGGAGCCACUUGGUGAAAAUCAAUGUAAAAUAUGUCGGGAAGAGUUUCAAAACCCAGAGGACUUAGAAAAACAUUUUCGUGUACAUGGAAUGGCGUUUUUAAUGAAAAAUACAUUGAAUAAGAAUCAAACUAUUUCUUGAUUUUGAAUAAUCUGUAACGCAUGUUUGCAAUUUAUUUGGGUUUUUUAGUACCUGCUAUUUAUCUCACUGUUUAUGGGUUGGCAUAAAUGGUGAGAUAAAUUCCUUAUCAUUGUAAGCUCAUGUUGGCCCACAGUUGGUCAAGUUAUCGACAUAAUACUAAUGGGCAUGCCUGUUGACAUGCCAAAAUUAGAGAUGAGAAUUGUGGCUAUCCGAAAGAAAGAGAAGAAACGCAGUUUCGGUCUAUCUUUAUUUCUUUAAAUUUAUAUUCCGUGCUUGACAUGAAAACUUGAGGAGCUCGUGGCUAAGCUAUAACCGCAUAAGUGAUUCGAUCACAGGUUAAGCUAUGCUUGACGCGGUUGGUUCGUGGAUGGGUGACCAUCUUUGUCAUAACGAGUUCCUCCGUGUUUCGGAAGGCACGUUAAGUUGUGGGUCCCGGCUGUUAAUCCUACAUCUUUGACAGUCGUUACAGAUAGUCAGAAGCUGAAAAAGUCUGACAGCCAGUCUUACCAAGGGGUAUCAUGUUGCUCAGGUAACUGGGUUGAGGAGGUCAGAUAGGCAGUCGCUCCUUGUAAAACACUGGUACUUAGCUGAAACCGGUUAGACUGGUAGCCGACCCCAACAUAGUUGGGAAAAGGCUACGCCGAUGAUGCUUGACAUGAAAACUGAGCGCCAAUCAUCUAUGACGAAAGAGAUAGCGCUAGACCGAAAGCAUAGGUCAUCUCUCUCACCCUUUUCAAACCAAAUAAAGUCCAUUAGUAUAUAUUAUGUCGAUGGUCAAAGUUCUCUCUUUUCUUUUCUAAAGCUAUCGAUUAUUUUUUGUGUAUUUAAUUUAGUUUUAAGAACCGUACAUGGGAUAUGCUUAGUCUGUGUACCCGACAUUACAAGAAAACUUUUUUUUCCUGAAAUGGCUCGUUUAUUUCCAUUUAAAACGAAUCUCGGUCAGGGCCAAUAAAUACUUAGGUAUACCGUUUUAAAUACUAGAUUGCAACAUAACUGUGUAGAUCACGUGUAGAUAGAUAAUAUUACGACGCAGGACGUAUUUGGAUUUCCUAUGACUACCUGUCACCUAAUUUCACCUAAAGUACUUUGUGCACGACUCCUCAAAAAGGAUGUAAUAUUUUCAAGGUUAAUCUAUGCAAGUAGCGUGUUACUACAUCUACCAUCAUUUUGUAUGUAAGAAUGCUUACUACUAUAUUCAUUUUUUAAUAAAACAUCUGCUAUAAGAAGUCAUUUUCCGGAGGAUAGUCGUGUUUUACAUCCUUUACUAUGUGUCUUGAAAGCUGAGCUGCUGCAAUUGUAUGGAUUGAAAUUUUUAAGGUUAGAUAUACCUAGUUCUAUUUGUACCAAAUUAAUAUGUACUUAGAUAAUAAGCGAUUCUAUGUUUACUUGUGACUGAUUAUAUAAUAUAAUGUACAUACUUGUUAAUAGACAAAUGUUUAUUUGAUUAAUCUUAAGAAAACUUAACUCUUCUCACACAUGUGAAAAAAGUGCUAAAUAUUUUAUUACAUGAGUGUGUUUUCCAGCUA